UCCUUCCUUCCUUCCUUUCUUUCUUUCUUCUUUCUUGCCUGAGAGCUACAUCACAUUCUUGUUGUGACAACCUAUUCCAGAAAGCUGCCAAGUGGAGAAUGUCAAAAAUUAAAUAGGAUUUCAGUUUGGUUCCAUUUCACUUUUGAUUACAACUGAAUACAGGCUGGAUUGAUUAGGUACACUUUUAAUCAUUUGCCUCUUUUAUUAAAUUAAAAACUAAGAUGGCAACUUUCAGAGCUCCUACAUUUCUGGCCCUGAGACUUCAUUAGGGUUUGUGAUCCAGAGCCUCAGACGGUGAUUUUAAGGGCUAAGCAAUAAUUCAGUUAUUUUGGGCUUAGCAUGUUGUGUGAAUUUAGCUAAAUGCAGAUUGUUCGGCAAACAGGGACUUUGUGUAGAAAUACAAAAAGUAUAAUGGACAUGCCACCUUUUAGCAUUACUUUUAUACCCCUAGAGUAGAGCUAAGUCAUAGGAUUUUCCCACCCGUAUUCUGGAUCUCUCCCUGGGAGAUUCUGGAUACACACAAGCUGGAUAUUUGGAUAAGAAUCUAUCCAAAGACCAAGCUUAAAGAUGGCCAUAGCCACAUUUUCCCCACCCAACAUCAAAAAAAUAUGCAGGUAGUCCUCCACUUAGGACAACCAUUGAAUUCUGGGAAUUGACACAGUGUGAGGUUAGGAGGGAGCGAAAGAAAACGGGUGACAGAAUAAAUGAAUGGAAAUUAGGACUGCACUCUUCAAUUUGCCCUUUAGCCCUACUGAGCGAUGUCUGUAGCCCACUCUUGACAAAUCACACUCAAGCAGUGCCAACUUCAAAAGGAAAAUAGUCAAUUUAACACGCACAACCGACAAAAGCCACACUGUGAUGUCGUUUGUGCUCUGUGUACCUUCUGAAUGCAAUCACGGGCUUGCGAGCAGCAGGAAGCAACUCGGCUCUACAGGAUAAGCUUUCUUAACCUCCCCUAUUUGAUCCCAUUAGCUGGAAGACUCGUCAUGCGACCACCCCGCAAAGAGGAAGAAAAACCCUGGGGGGGGGCAGCUUCCCAACCCCUUUUUGCCCCAUUUCCCCACACACACCCCUCCUCUCAAUUUACACAAUUUACCCUCUAGUAAAAUAUGCCUGGCUAAUUUCCAGCACAUUUGUUUUGCUGGCUUCAUUCAACCAACCACUCUUUAAAAAGUAUCCUGGGGAUAACUCGUUAAACCAGGGUUUGGUUGGCCCUGGAUCAUGCCUGCAGCUCACCCCCCUCCAGGUUUACGAUAAAUAUGGGCUUAAACCCCAUGGCUCACAUCCUUGUUUCCAAGCUAAAAGUCCUCCCCAAAAAUGCACAAAAAUGGGCUGGCAUUGGUGUGUGCAGAAGGCGGUGCACGAAAGCGAGCCAAGUCGAGAGAGUGUCUGUGCGUUUCUCCUUUCCUGCCACAAGCAACACUGCUCGUCUCAGAGAAUCAGAAAAAAAAUGUGGAAGGCAUGAAAGAGAGAGAGAGAGCAUCUCCUGGGGAAUCCAUCGCCACAUGAUCCCACCUUACCCUCUUCCCUACCAGCCCGGGGAUCUAACUGCUUUCCUACGCUCCCUCCAAGAAUGGAUUUCCAAGCCAACCAGACCUCAAAUGAUUCUGAUUCCAUUCUAAACAUCUCACAGCUGGGACCAGCCUUCCCUCCCGACGGCGACCUUGGCUCCACGAGCUAUUCGACCGUUAUCAUGUCCACCCUCUUUGGUAUCAUCUGCCUGGUGGGCGUCGUUGGCAACAGCCUGGUGAUCUGCGCCGUCUUGAAGAAAUCCAGCCCCAGCAGCACCGUGCCCGAUAUCUUCAUCGUCAAUCUUUCCUUGGUGGACCUCCUCUUCCUCCUGGGGAUGCCCUUCCUCAUCCACCAGCUCUUGGGCCAAGGGAGCUGGAAAUUCGGAGGGACCAUGUGCACCAUCAUCACUGCUUUGGAUGCCAACAGCCAGUUCACCAGCACUUACAUCCUCACCGCCAUGUCCAUCGACCGCUACUUGGCGACCGUCUAUCCUUUCUCCUCCACCCGCUUCAGGAAGCCCUCUAUGGCGAUCGCGGCCAUCUGCCUCCUCUGGGCCCUCUCCUUUCUCAGCAUCACGCCCGUCUGGAUGUACGCCCAGCUCAUUCCCUUGCCAGGUGAGCUCCUGGGCUGUGGGAUACGUCUGCCGGAUCCCCAGAGGGACAUCUACUGGUAUACCCUCUACCAGUUCUUCCUCGCGUUCGCCAUCCCCUUCACGGUCAUCACUGUGGCCUACCAGAGAAUCCUCCUGAAGAUGGCCAGGUCUUCUGAAGCCCUGACCAGGCAAAGAGGCACCCAGCUCCGGAUCAAACGGGUGACCCGCAUCGCCAUCGCCAUCUGCCUGGCCUUCUUCUUGUGUUGGGCUCCCUUCCACGCCCUACAGCUUGUCCAACUGGCCGUCGAGCCCACCUUGCCCUUCUACUACGCCUACAAUGUGGCCAUCAGCCUGGGUUAUGCCAGCAGCUGCCUUAACCCUUUCAUCUACAUCUUGCUGGGGCAGAACUUCCGUCGGAGAAUCACGGUGUCCGACCAACCUGCAGAUGUGGAGGGUCUUUUCCAACAUCAGGUCAAAAGCGGCCCUGGAGACCCCAGUGAAUCUGGGCAGCCUUUGCUACAUUUGGUCUCUGUCUUGGCCAGAUAAGAGAUGACAAAUGGAUUUAAGGCCCAUUAGAUCCCACAGAUUAGGCCUCCUCUGGGUUCCAUCUACUG